AAAAAUAUGUUCACCAUAAAUUUAUCUCGCCAACGCUUCAGCUGCUGCUGUUUGGUAUAGCUUUCAGUUAAUAGCCGGAUAAAGUUUGUCAAUGGAGAAAAAACGUUAACUUGUAUGCUGCAUUCAUUUUGUUUACGGAAAUUCAAGCGUUACGUGACAGUCCAUAAAUUGGAUUAGCGCUAAGUACCGGUGAAUGAUAGUUUAGCAAACUUGCUAGCUAACGUUAGCUAAACGGACUGGGAGUGAAGUUUGCGGUCGUUAGCUGUCCGGCUAAUUCAAUACGCGAAUGGUAAUGUACUAGACAAUUCCGAAUGUCUCCUCCAUUUUAGCGACGGUGUGUUCUAACACUACAAGGUCAACGUCUUUAGUAGCUAUCCGCUCGUGUAAAAGUCAUUAGGUUAACAACAUGGAUAGUUACAGUCAGCGGUUUGAAUCUACUGCCGGACGCGACAGUAAACUUCAAAAGAAGAAGGGUUCUUCCCAAAACAGCACAUCAUGUUACGAUGAAGGAGACCGCAAACCAAAGUUUCACUUACCCUUUAGAAACAUCACAGAUGAUGUGCUGGACAGGUUCGCCAGUAUUCGGAUUCCGGGUAGUAAAAAGGAGCGCCCCCCCCUGUCACAUUCUAAACACAAUACUAAUGAUCGGUCCAUUUCCUCAUCAUCCACCUCACAUCACUUUGAGGAGCUUUCAUCAAAGAUCACCUCGGAAAAAGAGAUCUUGGCUCUGUUUGAAAAGAUGAUGGAGGACAUGAACUUGAGUGAGGAAAAAAAGACCCCUUUAAGAGACAAGGACCUCAACACAAAGAGAGAAAUGGUCAUUCAGUAUGUUUUUACUGCCUCUAAAACUGGUAGCUUGAGAAGCAGCCAUCAGAUAUCUCCCCAGGAAUUCUUGGGAGAGCUGAAGUCAGGGGUGAUGGACGAACGUCUGUUUGCCUGUCUAGACUCAUUGCGUGUGUCCCUUACCAGCAACCCUGUCAGUUGGGUGCAGAGCUUUGGUCAUGAGGGUCUUGGACUGCUGCUGGAGAUUUUGGAAAGGUUGCUGUUCAAGAAACAGCAAGAGAAGAUUGACAAAAAGAACCAACAUAAAGUUGUCCAAUGUCUUAAAGCCUUCAUGAACAAUAAGUAUGGCUUGGAUCGAAUCCUUGGGGAGGAGAAAAGUCUUUCGUUACUGGCAAGAGCUAUUGAUCCCACCCAGUCUGCCAUGAUGACUGACGUGGUAAAGCUGCUGUCAGCCAUCUGCAUUGUGGGCGAAGAGAACACUCUGGAAAAGGUCCUUGAAGCCAUCACCACAGCAGGGGAAUGGCGAGCCAUCGAGAGGUUCAGUCCCAUUGUGCAGGGACUACGAGAUCGCUCGGUUCAAUUACAAGUGGCAUGCAUGCAGCUCAUCAAUGCACUAGUAACAUCGCCUGAUGAGCUGGACUUCAGGCUGCACAUCAGAAAUGAAUUUAUGCGCUGUGGCCUGAAAGAGAUAUUGCCGCAACUGACAACCAUCAGGAAUGAGGCCCUUGACAUUCAGCUGAAGGUAUUUGAAGAGCACAAAGAAGAGGACAUGAUAGAGUUCUCUCAUAGGCUGGAGGACAUCAAGAGUGAACUUGAUGAUGUGGGGGAUGUAUUCAGUAUUGUGCAGAGCAUGGUGAAGGACAGCACUGCAGAGCCGUAUUUCCUCUCCAUAAUGCAGCACCUGAUGCUUAUACGCAACGACUACUUGGUCAGGCCCCAGUACUUUAAGGUCAUUGAGGAGUGUGUCUCUCAAAUUGUCCUGCACCGUAGUGGCACAGACCCAGACUUCAGUUACCGCAAGCGCCUAGAUGUGGAUUUCAGCCACCUCUUAGAGGUGUGUGUAGAUAAAGCCCGAACUGAUGAGUAUGAACAAAGAGCUUCAGAACUGGCACAGAAGUUUGAUGAGGAGUUUCUAAGCAGACAGGAGGCACAAGCUCAGCUGGUUAAGUGUGAAGAAAAAAUAGCUGAACUCCAAGCAGAGCUGCAGGCCUUCAGGUCCCAGUUUGGAGCUGUACCUGUGGGUCUGUCUUCUGCCCAUGUUGGACAAGCGUCAUCUUCCUCAGGAUUCCCAUCUGGGCCUCCACCCCCUGCUCCGGCCCCUGGGGUACCAGCUCCCCCUCCUCCUCCCCCUCCGCCUCCUUUACCUGGCUGUCCUGCUCCACUUCCUCCAACUGGAGUGCCUCCACCAUUUGGUGCUCCCCCUCCACCCCCUCCAGGGUUUGGGGGUGGUUUAGGCUCCCCCACCCACCAUGCGCUGCCUUAUGGCCUCAGGCCUAAGAAGGAAUUCAAGCCUGAGACCUCCAUGAAGCGCCUCAACUGGUCCAAGAUUCGACCCCAGGAAAUGUCAGAGGGCUGUUUCUGGGUGCUGGCUGAUGAAAACCAAUAUAUGAAACCAGAAUUACUCAGCAGAGUUGCUCUCACUUUUUCUUCUCAAAGAACAGCCAAAAAAGAAGAGGAAGAUCUGGAGGAUAAGAAAUCCAUAAAGAAGAGAAUUAAAGAGCUCAAGGUGCUCGAUCCUAAGAUUGCACAGAAUCUAUCCAUCUUCCUGGGUUCCUUCCGUAUGCCUUAUCAGGAAAUUCGUCAGAUGAUAGUGGAGGUGGAUGAGGAGCAACUCACUGAACCUAUGAUCCAGAACCUUGUGAAACACCUACCUGAGCAGGAGCAGCUGAACGCCUUGGCAAAGUAUAAAAAUGAGUAUGCGAAUUUGUCAGAGCCUGAGCAGUUUGGGGUUGUGAUGAGCAGUGUGAAGCGGCUGCGUCCUCGUCUCAGCCAUAUCCUCUUCCGGCUGCAGUUUGAAGAGCACGUAAACAACCUGCGUCCAGAUAUCCUGGCUGUAAAUGCUGCCUGUGAUGAGGUCAGGAAGAGCCGCUCCUUUGGCCGCCUGCUGGAGCUGGUGCUACUGCUGGGGAAUUACAUGAACGCAGGCUCUCGAAACGCCCAGUCAUAUGGCUUCGACCUCAGUUCGCUGUGCAAGCUAAAAGACACUAAGUCAGCGGACCAACAGACCACAUUACUCCACUUCCUGGCGCAAGUGUGUGAGGAGGAAUUCCCAGAUGUGAUCAAGUUUGUUGAAGACCUGGAGCAUGUGGACCGAGCUAGCAGAGUGUCUGCAGAGAAUCUGGAAAAGAGCCUCAGGCAGAUGGAGAGGCAGCUGCUGCAGCUGGAGAGAGACCUGGAGACUUUCUCUUCCCCCGAUGACCCCAACGACAUGUUCUUCACUAAAAUGGCUAGCUUCAGUAAGGUUGCACGGGAGCAGUAUGACAAGCUGGUGACAAUGCACAGCAAUAUGGAGACCCUGUAUCAGAACGUGCUGGAGUACUUUGCCGUCGAUCCCAAGAAGACCUCGGUGGAGGAGCUGUUCACUGAUCUCAGCAACUUCCGUUCUAUGUUCACUCUAGCACUGAAGGAGAACCUGAGGCGCAGGGAGUCAGAGGAGAAACAGAGGAGAGCACGGGCGGCAAAGGAGAAGGCUGAGCGUGAAAAGCAGGAGAGACAGCAGAAGAAGAGGAGGUUGCUGGAAGUCAAUGCAGAGAAUGAUGAGACAGGUGUGAUGGAUAGUUUGCUGGAAGCUCUACAGUCAGGAGCUGCAUUCAGAGACCGCAGGAAGCGAGCACCAAGACCCAGAGAAAACCAGCAGCUGACGAUCAGCCCCAGCUCCUUCCGCCAGGUUCUCAGGCCUGUUAACCAUGAAAACAACAAGGCACCUUUACAAAGGUCUCGCUCUCGGCAGAAUAUAAAUGCGAGUUCAGCUGCGGUGAAAGCUCCCCCUGCCAAGGAGGCCCGUAACGAGUCUGAAGACCAUCCAUCUGCAGCCCGGGCCAAGGCUGCUGCGUGUUCAGAGUCAGGCCGCAGGUACAGGAAUGCCCCGGGUCACAGCUACUGGCUGGACAGAGAGAGGGUGGUGGAGAGAGAGAUGGUUAAACCGACUGGGAAAGAGAUGGAGGUGGAAGCAGAGCAUCCAGCCUUCCACCCGUCCACCACUGGUGCUGCGGUCAGUAGCUGUAGCACCAAUGGAGAGUCGGACGUAGAGGCUCUCCUGGCCAAACUCAGGGCUUUGUGAGGAUAAUUUUCACAUUAUCUCUAAAAUGACAUACAUAUGUAGCUUACAGUAUGUUUGCACUCAUACAUCUUAAUGAACUCUGAAUGUCACCUAAAAGAUUUUCCUUCAACAGCUUCGUAAAUAAGCUUUAAUAAGAUUUGUCAGAGAUAAAUAAUAGCAGGGCAAUUAUAACAAUAAAUAAAUAAGAAAACAAGGACUUUUUUUGAAGCUUUGUAGAAAAUAAAUGUGUACAAAACUCAAAUUGAGGACCAUGCUUUUGACGCUUGAUGGACAGACUUGAUUACAGACUUAAAAAAUUAUUUUCUGAAAGAAAAUUCAGGCAGGUAGAGCACUUGUAGUUGGUCAUGCUUUGGCCCACAGAAUAUCCUCAGAGGUUACUUCCUGAAAUAGAGACUGAUUUCCAGAUGUUAUGGUUCAUGGGAAAUACUUACUCAUAUUAAUGUCACAUAUUAUAGUUCAAACAAGAAAACACAGCCAAAUUGAUUCAGCAGAGUCUCUACCUGAUCGAUCCUGUAAAGUGAACUGCCAAAAACCUUUGGCUCUCAUCUAUAUAUUCCAGACAUAUACAACAUACCUUUUUGUCUGACAGCAAAAUAUGCAAUGUUGCUGAGCACUUUCUUUGUAAUCCAGAAGUAUGCAAUAUUAAAUAACAGCUAUAUCACAUUUAAUUUCACAUUGGCAUUUCUUAGAAUUGCCUCUACUGUAGCUUUUAUUUUACAUUCCUAUCAUCUUGUCUUUUCCAAUCUGUAUUUUAGUUUUUAAUUACAUAUUAGUUAUUUUCAUAUGCAUGGUAUUAGUCAUGUACAAUUAAAAAGAUUUUGAGCUUAUAUCUGCAUUUAUUACUUUUGCGUAUUGAUUUUUCUUUUUUUUGUCUUUUUCAUUCCUUGUGGGGUAACACAGCUUUUAUAUUAAAACCACUUACCUUAUUGUUUAUAUUUUCUAUAAAAAUGUAAUCCGCAUUCUAUAAAACUAUAAAAAAAUAUAUAUGAAUAUACACACACACAAAAAGGAUACACACGAGUUAUGCCAUAUGAUCUUUCACAGGUUACAACAGUAAUAGGAAGUCAUUUGACAAGUUGAUUUUGGUUGUACUAGUCUGUUUUGUCUGACAUUGCUGGUGAGAACAUUUACACACUGUGAGAUCGAGUCUGCAAAAAGGGAACAGUGUCUAAGAGUAUUAUUGUCAAAAAAGUUAAUCCAGUUAACCAGAAUUGAUGCUGUUUGUUCUCCUACACUCCGACUGAAAUGACUCAUAUCUUACGCAUAGUUGUCUCAUCUUUACAAUAAAAUAAAGCCCAAAAAAAGUG